CAGGUGAGCGCGCCCAGGAGCUCCAAACGCGUCGCUGGCGGCCGUGCGUCCACCCGACCGACUUCGGGUCAUGGAGCCGCACGCGGGGGGCGUCACGGACCCUAGGGGGAGCAGAGGAGGCCGGGGCCUUUCCCUGCCCGCGGGACCCAGAGCCCGGCAGCUCCUGGCGCGGCUGGACGCGCGCCCCCUGGCGGCCCGAGCUGCGGCCGACGUGGCGACGCUGGUACGCAGGACGGGCGCCACAUUGCGCCUGCGCCCCAAGGCCGUAGGGCACGGCGAUUAAUAACUACUUGUUGACUACCUGAAUGAAAGAAUGAAUACCCCCAAGAACCACAUAUUCCUAUAUGAUUGGCGCGACGCGCCCCUAUGAAGAACAGCAACAAUUACUUCUUAAGGCCCCUGUUCCACGUACGCCAGUCGAUGCCGCAGUGUUUUCUGGGAAAGGUAGUUCUAAAGCCCGUCGUCUGGCCCUGGUCAAACUGAGCCCAAACUAAACUUCCCAGAAAGCAGCACACUCGCCUGGAAAGAGGGGCAAGAUGGCGGACGCUGAAGACGGUACUUUGCGACCCGCGGGAGCCUCUGCUGCCCCAAUUUCAUUCAGCUUCAGUCGCACGUCCGCCAGGAGACGGCUGGCGGAUCCGGGAGACGACGCGAGUGCGGCUCCGGAGGAGAAGGAUUUCUUAAAGACCGUGGAAGGGAGGGAGCUGCAGAGUGUGAAGCCCUCAGAAACCCCCAAGGAACUCGUCAUCCCUUUGAUCCAGAAUGGCCAUCGCAGGCAGCCACCGACCCAGGCUCCUGGGCCAUCCACAAACACUGAGGCCUUGGUGGAAGGGGUGCUGUCUCAGGCUGUAAAGGAGAUCAUUGAGGACUCCAAGAAGUCCCUGGAGGAGAGAGAAAAUUCGGGUAUCGACCCCAUGCUUGCUAUCCCCAUGAUCCAGAAAGGAUGCAUCCCUAACGGAGAAGGGGCAGACAGCGAACCCCGAGCUGAGACAGUGCCGGAAGAAGCUGAUUACGAGGCAGUCCCUGUAGAGGCCUAUGGGCUGGCCAUGUUACGAGGCAUGGGCUGGAAACCUGGCGAGGGCAUUGGCCGCACCUUCAAUCAAGUGGUAAAGCCCCGUGUCAACUCACUGAGACCAAAGGGGUUAGGGCUGGGUGCCAACCUGACUGAGGUCCAGGCCCUGGCCCCCACUGGCCCCCACCGCCUGCCAAAGCCAGAUGAGGAGCAAGAGAAGGAUAAGGAAGACCAGCCUCAAGGACUGGUGCCUGGGGGAGCUGUGGUGGUUCUUUCUGGCCCGCACCGAGGCCUCUAUGGGAAGGUAGAAGGCCUCGAUCCUGACAACGUUCGGGCCAUGGUUCGCCUGGCCGUGGGAAGCCGCAUGGUGACUGUUAGUGAGUACUACCUGCAACCUGUUUCACAGCAGGAGUUUGACAAGAAUUCCUUGGAUCUCAGCCAGAUGCGUAAAACUUCCUCAGUGCAACAGAAUGGAACAGAUUCGUCAUGGAAGGCCCUCCGGGAUCAGGACCUCCCCAGCCAGCAAGAGGACUCACAGAGGAAGCGAAAACACCUUCCCGACCGACAGGGGGAGCCUGCUGCCAAGAAUGAGAAGGCAGGUCCCAGGAGCCAGCACUGGUUGCACAGGGACCUACGCGUACGCUUUGUGGACAAGCUGCACAAGGGUGGCCAGUAUUAUAACACCAAGAUGACGAUCGAAGAUGUCCUCAGCCCAGAUACCUGUGUGUGUCGAACAGAUCAAGGCCAGGUCCUGGAAGGCCUGAGGGAAGACAUGCUGGAGACCCUGGUCCCCAAGGUCCAAGGCAACCGGGUUAUGGUGGUGCUGGGGCCACAGGCUGGAAAGGUGGGCCGCCUGCUGGACUGGGACAGAGAACAGAGCCGGGCUGUGGUGCAGCUGCAGAGAGAGAAUCAGCUGGUGGAACUUCACUAUGAUGCUGUCUGCCAGUACCUGGGCCCCAGUGACUCAGAUGAAGACUGACCCAUGGCCCCGUUCCCACCCCCAACGCUGCCACCUGCUCUGUAUGGUGUGGAAAGACAGUCUUCACAAAGGUGGGGAGGUCAUUGUUCCAUCCUCCACUUGCACCUCAGCCCCAGGACCAGGACAGGGACAGGGCAUAAGAUAGAUGGGCCUGAAGGGAGGCUUGAAACAAACCUGGUAUUCUCCAGAAGCUAGUGUGUAAUAAAAAUCAUUUCAAAAACUCAGUAAAAUGACAAGAUCGUAAGUGUGUGCUGAGCUGAGUAGAAGCGGGAGCUGAGCUGAUGGAAGUGGGGGCCGUUCCAGGCUUCAGCCCCACCUCCCUGCAUGGGCUGACAGACAAGUUCAAGGAUCUGUCUGCUUACAAGUUCAUUCUUGGAAUACAGAAGCUACAAAGUGUGUCCCUUGAGCAGACGCUAUGGAGUCUGGAGUGCCACAUCUCUGUACAACUUCCUGAGGAAGAAUCCUAGUGGUGGCUCUACUUUUUUUUUUUAAUUUUUUAAAUGUUUAUUUUUGAGAGAGAGAGAGACAGAAUCCGAAGCAGGCUCCAGACUCAGCUGUCAGCACAGAGCCCAACACGAGGCUCAAAGUCACAGAUGGCAAGAUCAUGACCUGAGCCAAAGUCAGAAGCUUAACUGACUGAGCCACCCAGGCGCCCCAUUGGUGGCUCUACUUUUUACUCUUGGUCCAGACCAGACGUCCAGAGGAUAUCUUGAGCCAGUGAUGAGAGUCCAGAGGAAGGGAGGCUUCUACCCACAAAUGGGAUGUGUUUGCACUAUUUCUCAGAGGACUCAGUUAAUUUCAGGGCCCCUGUUUUAGUCCCCAAACUUUGGCUAGAAGGUAAAAAAAAGUUUUGUCCCAGGUAGGAUUUCUCUGAUCCAGGUAACUGGACUCUCAAAAAGGUUAUUGUCAGACAGCCCUCAAACUUUUUCCCAUUUAAUGGGCUGAGAUCCAAAAUCAACAAGGGAAGCAAGAGCUUUAGGUCCAAUUGCUUCUAAGUCAUCCCCAAAUGCAAACUGGUGCAGCCACUCUGGAAAACAGUUUGGAGGUUCCUCAAAAAAUUAAAAAUAGAACUACCCUAUGACCCAGCAAUUGCACUACUAGGCAUUUAUCCAAGGGAUACAGGUG